AUGCGCGUGCUCAGCUGCGAGGUGACCUUCGCGCUCAUGCUAGGAGCACUCGUGACGGCGUCCAGGCAUCUGAACAACGUGCGCCGUCAGGCGGCUGACCCCAGACGCCGCGUCCCAGGUCGUCUGCGAGUCAUCUUGGCCAAUCAGAACAAUCUGGAUGCCCUGAUGCAGAGCCUGCCUCACAUGAGCCACGGGAACAAGCCCGAACACGUCAAUAAGGCCGUUUCGUUGUCCUGCCAGCACCCGGACUGCCUCUGGGUCGAUCAGUUCGUGAGCGCACGCCGAGACCUCCAAGUGGACCCCUGCGGCGACUUCUACUCGUACGCCUGUUCCACCAAUUGGAGCUCGGCUACGCUGCCAUCCAACGGGGCGUCGUACCGGAGGCGGACCGUCGGGCAGACUCUGCUUAACCUGCACAGCUACUUCAACGCCACCAUCAAGCGAAACUACCCUCAAGAUCUUGAAGGUCGCUUUCUCCACCAGGUGUCAAGUCUGUUCCUCGACUGCCUCAUCGAAUACAAAGGGAGGAACGAGCGGGAGUCUCUUGUGGGCCUAAGCAGGGACUUCAAGCUGUACGAUUCCAAGAGCGAGGAAAACUUGACCGCCCUUAUCGCCACCCUGGACAGGGAAUUACGACUGUUCCCGUUCGUCACUGUGACGGUCAUGCCCGACACGUACAAGUUGAUCAUGACGCCUUCCAGCACCAUACUCAAACGGUAUCACUUGGCCUUCAGCUCAGGUGAGGACAAAGACUACAUUCGAAUCAUCGCCCGUGCCCUCGCUCUCGUAAAGCCAGAUUCUGAUGUGCGUAAACACGCCGAAAAUGUCUACUCUCUUGAGCGGAAACUCGAGUCAGCCUUACUUGGUCUCGUUCGCGGAAACAAACUCUCCGAGCCCCAUCAAAUUCUGAAAGCAAAUACGAAUUUCUCGAGCACGUGGAACUGGGAAGAGUAUUUCAAGAUUUUGAUGCAAGACAACAAACGCCAUCACUUCUCGCAGGUACUUCCCAAACCCCUUGAUCUGAGCCACCGAAUAUCUGCUGUCAUAAACACCACAGAGGUCAAGACUGUAGUUGACUAUCUCCGGUAUAGGUUCCUCGUCUUUGUAGCUCCAUUUUUAUCCGAGGACUUCAGUUUCCUUCUACCCCUUGGGUACAGUUCACAUCAAGAUAACGUGCCAGAAAGACAUCAGGCCUGUGCCCGCUCAGUCGAAGGCGUCUAUCGGUACGGAAUGAGAUUCUUGGUCUCCGAGGCCAACCAGCACAGCCUUCAGCCAGAUCUCUGGAAAGAGGAGCAGAAGGCCUUCAAAGAGCUGCUCAAACUCUGCAAACAUGUUCUCAAGGACCGGAUUAGCAACAGAACUUUGAUGAUGUCACCAGAAAUGGAGAGCAUCUUCUUGAAACUGGACGCCAUGCAAGUGUCCACUGAGUAUGUCCUUGAGUCCGAGCUGUCCAGCAUCAUCCACUAUUACUCCCGGAUGGCCGUUCCGCUGAAGAGCAGUUCACCCCUACAGACGUACUUGACGCUGCAGCAGUCCAGUAGCGAACUGUACUGGUCAACCGCGGAUCAGUCCCUUGACCACGACGUCCGUUUCUUGGCAUCAAGUCUUGUACCCGGCUACGAGUAUCGGGAAAAGAAGAACACCCUGUACAUCACUCCAGCGACGUUUGGGUUCUUGGGAAAAGGCGACAUUGUGCCCAUAUUCGUCAUUCCGGCGGUGCUCCAGUACAUUAUUCAGGGCAUUUUGUCCCCCAUCUUCGCCGCUACUCCACUGAGCGGGUUUCGUAGGCCCCGCAAUACAACCAAGAUACUCACAGAGUCGAGGCUUUGCCUGUUCGAACAGUACUACGCCGGCAUGACCGACAUCUUCAAAGAAGACGUGGCGCUCGAUUCGGACCUCACAAACUUCGUCGAGUUCAACACAAUGGUGUCUCUUCUCUACGAUGUCUUCCAGGUAUACAAGAACCUAACCUCGGCCCUCACCACGGAUGUGAGUGGUGUUGAAGACAACGCAACCGGUGUGGCUCUGGACCAGCUUUUCCUUACCACUUGGGCGGCGACCCAUUGCGAACCCACCACUGACAACCGCGAACGACGUCUCAUCCGCUUCAUGGAAGUUCCACCCCGGCUCAAGGUAGACAUUUCCCUGCAGAAUUUUGCUAAAUUUGCGCAAGUGUUCUCCUGUCCAGUGGCCAGCCCCAUGAGCCCGUCUAUACGAUGCGCGAUGGUGUGA